GUACCCAUCACGCUGCUCUCUGGAUUUCUCGGAGCAGGAAAGACGACUCUGCUGCGGCAAGCUUUGGAGAAUAAGGAAGGACUGAAAGUGGCAGUAGUCGUCAACGAUGUCGCCAAAGUGAACAUCGACUCAAAGCUUGUCCGAGAGAGAACAGUCGGGAAGGGGGAUGAUGACCUUGCGGAUUGUGUGGAGCUCCAGAACGGUUGCGCGUGCUGCAAUGCGAGCGAUGAGCUGUUGGAGGGGAUGUCACAGCUUUUGAGGCUUGCGAAGCGGAGAGGGAUCAAGUACGACAGGAUCAUCAUCGAGCUCUCAGGUGUUGCAGAACCAAAGAAUAUCAGGCGAGAGUUUGUGGAGGCUGCAGAAGCUGGCAACGAAUCGAUGAAAUUGGUGGAACUGCAGACCAUGAUAACCGUUGUUGAUUCGCCGAGCUUCACCGAGCUUUAUCAAUCGGGCGACAGUAUCAACCGAAGGCCUGACCUCUGUGCUGAGGAAGGCGAGGAGGUUGUUGAGAGUGAUCGAAAAGUUGUCGAGCUUCUGGUUGAACAAGUGGAAUGUGCUGAUUUUAUUGUGCUCAACAAGAAAGAUAAGAUGAACCCUGAGAACAUGGAGUACUUGACAGGUGUCGUUGGUACCAUCAAUCCCUCAGCUCAGAUUGUUCCAUGCGAGUGGGGCAAGGUUUCCCUAGACACGGUUUUUGGACCGCCAAAAGGAACCAGCUGGGUAUCCAAGGCAGAUGAUGAAGAUGACCUCCGUAGACUGAUAUUCCCGCUUUCUGGUGUUUCUCAUCAACUUAUUCAGUUUGGAAUCACGAGCUUUGUUUACUCGCGUAGAAGACCAUUUCAUCCUCAGCGUUUGAUGAAGGUAAAGUUGUACAGUUGUGAUAAGAUCAUUAGGUCCAAGGGUUUUGUGUGGGUAGCCAACCAGCAUCGCAGUGCGCAGUAUUGGUCGCAUGCCGGCCAUUACUUCGAACUUCGAGCUCUGGGCCUCUGGUGGGCGGCCACGGCAUUGGAUAAGUGGCCUGACGGUGGCGACAAUUCGAGCAAGGAAGUACAGAAGAUUGUUGAAGACUUUUCGAGGGAGGAGCCGUCCCAGAGAUGGGGAGAUCGUCGGCAAGAGAUCGUCUUCAUCGGGAUCGGGAUGCAGUGCGUAACGAGUGUGGAGGACGAGCAUCUGUGUGAUGGAGCUGCGCAGUGA